UUGCAUACUACACUGGUUUUAUAACUUAUAUUUUUGGGAUUAAGUGAAAAGUUCAAAUAAUUUUACCGACUUUCUAAUAGUGGAAUUUACCCUUUGUUAAGAUUUUUUUAGAAAUUUAACUGGAAACAGGCUUAGUUGUUUUAUUUCUAUAUAUUUGUAUCAUGUAAUUACACAUAUAUUAAAUACGUGCUUUAUUUGCGUUAAGUUUGUACACAACCAAUGCAACCCUGAGUAGGCAAAAUGGCGACGAAACUGUGAAAAGCAAAACGAAAAUCGGGGCGGACAGUGUCUUGUUGAUCUUUUGUUGAAAAAACGAAUAUUUCACAGUGAAUUUGUUGAAAACAUAAACAAAUUAGUUAAGUUGCUUUCCCAUCCACUGCACCAUUCGCAUGUGCAGUAAAGUUUAAGCUGUAAAGAUAAACAUUAUACAAUUGAAAUUUGGAACAGUCUGGCUGGAGGUACAAGAAUUAUAACCAUUCCAGAAAAAAAGCAGUUACCUACAGAAAACAACGGACUACGACUACGUUAAAUCCUACUUCCAAAGACAAGUUUAUUGAAAUAUCUCUAAACAAGAAGAAAAUACAAUGACGGAGUACAAAUUAGUGGUUGUAGGUGCUGGAGGUGUUGGUAAAUCUGCCCUUACAAUCCAGUUAAUACAAAAUCAUUUUGUGGAUGAAUACGAUCCAACAAUUGAAGAUUCUUAUAGGAAGCAAGUGGUUAUAGAUGGUGAAACGUGUCUGUUGGAUAUUUUAGAUACAGCUGGUCAAGAGGAGUAUUCAGCUAUGCGUGAUCAAUAUAUGCGAACUGGAGAGGGAUUUCUGCUCGUUUUUGCUGUUAAUAGUGCGAAGUCAUUUGAAGAUAUUGGCACAUAUCGAGAGCAAAUAAAGCGCGUAAAAGACGCGGAAGAGGUACCAAUGGUGCUGGUAGGAAAUAAGUGCGAUCUGCAAGCCUGGGCAGUUAAUAUGAACCAAGCCAGAGAGGUUGCUAAACAAUACGGCAUUCCAUUUGUUGAGACAUCCGCCAAGACACGAAUGGGCGUAGAUGACGCUUUUUACACAUUAGUCCGUGAGAUUCGAAAGGAUAAAGAGCAUAGGGGGAAAAAAGGUCGCAAACAUCAUAAGCUACCACAUCAUAAAUUCAAAUGCGAAUUGCUGUAAAUGAUCUUAUAUUAAGGCUAAACGAGGUUAGGUAACCUACACAUUCGGACAACCGGACAAUUUCAAGAACCAAAACAACAACGAAAACGAACUAAACAGACAUUCGAUAAGAGAGAUAGCCUGUGAUGAGGAGGCUGUAAAAAGAAAAAAAACAGCAACAAUAAUAGUACAGCUAGAACCGGAAAACAACAAAUAAAGCACAUAUUUUUUCAUCUAAGAAUCUGCAUAACAUUAGUAAACGCACACAUAUAAAAGUGUAAAUUUUACAAUAUGCAAAACCUUACACAGGGGCACAGACGAACUGGGAAAGUAUAAAAAAAUUAAAUGAAAACAUAAAACUAUCCAAAAUAUAUUUUGGAAGUAAAGAAAUAUGUUCAUUUGAUAUUUUUACUUUAUUUCUGCGCACAAUUUUUAAUACGUUUUUAUGUAUUCUUGCAACUGGCAUUUGACAUAAAUAUUUAUUUAAUUUCUAAUUCAAGGAGUAUGUUUGAUUUAUUAGUUUUUUAUACCGUUUGCUAUUUUAAUUAUCUUCUAUGUGUGCUUUCCAUACGUUGGAAAUAUUUAUUUAUAUAGUAAGGUAAGAUACAAUUUAUAACUUUGAUAAAUAUGCUGUCACUCGUACUAAAUAAUCGUGCUGUUGUAUGUAUUCAUAGAUUGUAUCCUUCUAAAUUACAAGUAUACAAGUAUACAAAACUAUCAAAAGUCUGCAUAUGUUAAUAUAGUUGAAACCAAAAAUGAAAAUGCAAUCAUAUUUGACACAAAUCAAAAAAAUAAUAUCAAACUGGUUGAAGCUUUAUAAAACCUUAUUAAAAUUGAAACUGUCAAGAUGUACUUUCAACUAUAUUAAUAUAGAAAAUAUUUGAACACAUUCACUUGCCUGAUUUUUAUUUCAUCGUUUCUUUAAUACGUGCUUUGUUUUAUGUAUGCAUGUUAACACAGAAAAAACAUUUGGUAAUUUAUAAAAUAAAUUUACUGAAAUUCAUUAAAAGUAAAAACUAACAAAAUGCAAGAUGAAGAUUAAAUUAAGUGUACUAGCUGUAACGCACAGUAAGCUAAACUGAUUUUUUUCGCUUUUUGAAAAUAUUUUCUCCGUUUUAUACUUUUUGGUGCUGAAAUUCGCGUGCAUAUUUUUAUAAAAGUAAUAAAAAAUUAAAAUAUUGAGUUUUAUAUUUAAUCAAUUCCUUUAAAAAAUAUUUUUGUAUUUUUAUUGUAACUGUGAAGGUGGAACUAAGGCAAGAAUGUUUUAAACUUGCCGAACAAUGUAUCCUACUUCCAUUGUAAGAUUAACGCAUAAUGAUUGUGAAUGUCAUCCUCUAUAUUUUAUAUAUGUAAUUUAUUAUAUGCUUACAUCAUCAUAUUCUCAUCAUAAUAGGAUUAAAAUUGCAAAAUUAGUAAAUAUGAAAAUUAUCGCGUACAUAAGGGCAAAAACAGUUUUAUAUACCUAUAACGAGACUACAAUUUUUAGAGGAGUCAUGUCAAUGAUAAAUAAUCACCAGUUAUCAAAAUAACGGUUUUUCAUUGUCGAAUUUUCGUUAGAAAACUGAAAUCGCCGACCAGUUAUCUUAAAGGAAAAAUAUAUAUAUUUUAUAUUUAUGAGAUUGUUUUUGUUGUAAAAUGUUGUACCAUAUAAAGCAACCUUGCCUAGUUAUAAAAAAGUUGCUUCAUGAAACCGAAAAAAAUUAUGAAGCUAAAAUGACCGGGAAAAUUAUUAUCUAUGUAACAGCUUAAAAAAUAGCUUCAUAGAAACUCAAUGGUAAAUAAAACCGGCUAUUUGAAAAUCUAUGGGGGUUUGAAGGGGAAUGAUGAGUGUUACUUCUUAUAAACCGGUCUGCUGAUUAUUUUUCUAUAUACUACUUACACGGCUUAUUUCAAUUUCAAAUAUUUUAGUAAGUUGCAAGUCUGAAUUUAAUACAAGAUGAUAAGUUUUAUCAUGUUUAAUAUGUAAAGUUCAUUCAUUGUCAAUUUUUUUUUAGUUUUGCUGUUGUUUAUUUCCAACUUAAUUUAUAUACAAGACAUCUUUUAUAACAUAUGAAUUAAAUAUUUACAUUAUGCGGGAUCUAUGUGCAGAUUAAAUUUUUUCAAAACAAGAUUUUGAAAAUCUAUGUUUCGAUACAUGAUAAUUAAACAUAAAUAAAAUAAAUAUGUACCGUA